AUCCUGGCUUCAUACCCGAUAUUUAGGAAGAUGAUAAUCCGAGAUGGUGGAUAUUGGCUGUUCUUACCAAAACCUUGGAGAGUGCGGAAGAUCGUCAGAGGGAUCGACAGAAGAGAUUUUGUCCACAAAAGCAAAAGUCUUGAGAACAUCCUUGACUCGAAAUUCCGUGAGAAGAACCGCCGCAUUAGCAAGAUCGAUCACACCCGAGGACAAUCGCUCUUUGUUCUACCCAAGGUCCUUUCACGAGGUAUUCAUCUCUGGCCGGAGUACGAAUCUCGGCUUCAAAGAUGGUUAAAGAACAAAAAGUCGCGCAAAUUGUCUACCUCGUUUACCUCUAAACAUGAUGGGAGCAGAGGUUCUAACAGCUCUUCAAGACGUGAAUCCCUUGACCAAAGCUCUUUUUACGAAGAAGAUCCAAUACGAGGAUUUUACACAAUCUGGAAUUUCAACAGUGUGAAAGUUCCUAAAAACAAGCUUGAAACUACCGAAAAAAUAUAUGCAUGCAUCGAAUCCAUUUCUAAAAGUGAACGAGUGGAACGCCAAAUGUCAAAGCCUCCAAGAGGCGGUGUAUCCGGUUUGAUAGAGGAUCCUUCUUGUCUAUCCGCAAAAGGUCGUGACACUUUGCAACGAUGGUCUAGAUUGGCUAGUCAUUAUGAGGCUGGACAAGAAUCAGGAGAAGACGAGGAUCCUAUCGAAAUGUGGAACCGUGCUGUCGAAACUUCGAUAUUACGGAAUAACUCUAGUUGCAUGUCUUCAGCUUCUUCGGCAUUGUCACAAACAACACGGAGUGAUAUACAAUCUCCGAAAGGCGAUAGCAAUGGCAAAGGUUUGCGUGCUGCUGCGACAGUGAGCUCCGCGGAAGUUAGCUACAAAGAGAGGAAGACUGUCAUCGAAUCGGCUGCUGCUAAAUCCGACUCAUCACCGCCGAAAGCAACUUUGACAGUUGAAAAGGAUAGUGAAAAAAAGGUGACGCCUUUGCUAAAGAAGAAGCAAGGAUGUGAAAAUCGUCCAACUCCUUAUCGCCCCGAAGCAGCUGAUGAGGUAGCAGAGCUUAGAAGAAAGUCGGGUCGUAUCUUUGCUCUCAAAUCCACGGAAAAUACGCCAGAUCGAAGAGCAAAAGAGAUGAGAACGCCAGACAGUCAGAAGACGUCUACACCAUACUCUUUACGAAAAAGAACUUUUGAAACGCCAGAAGCAUCGCGAUUAUCUGGUUCUGCCUCCAAAAUCCCAUCCACCAAGAAAACGAAAAAAGUGAGCGGUAAUACACCAAAAAAUGUUAGAUCGGCGUCUUCCUCGAAGUCAAGCACUCGACGAGAGGUUUCUUCAGCUCCACAAACUCCAGUUAGCAAUACUUCGUGUCACGUUUUUUGAGUGCAAAAGCACCCAGAUUCGUCAAAAAGUCACCGAAACCUAGCGGACUUCAUUGAAAUCCGCGUUGUAGCGGCUUUUUUUUUUGAUUCAGAGUGGGCGAGUUCUGAAUCUACGGGCUAUAUCAGAAGAUGUAA